AUGAAGCUCAUCUCCGCUUUCACUCUUGGUGCUCUGGCAUACUCGUCGAGUGCGCUCGCGCGCACAAUGACCGUGUACAAUGCCUGCCCAUUCACCAUCUGGCCAGCUAUGUUCACGGACUUAAACGCGGGGGGUGCUGUACCGAACCACGCGACUGGUUGGGAGGCCGCUUCUUUUUCCAAGGUCACAUUCAACAUACCAGACAAUUGGAAAGCGGGCCGCAUCUAG